GAGGAAGUGGGACAUGCAACGCGACCCUACAGAGCCAAGGAUCCUCCAGGACGACCCUGUCAUGUCUUCAGGAGUCCCCAGUGAUGAGUCUGCACCCCCGGCCAUUUCUACAUCCUCGCUGCCCCUGGCUGCGCUCAACGUGCGAGUGCGGCGCCGCCUGUCGCUUUUCUUGAAUGCGCGGACACAGGUGGCCGCCGACUGGACCGUUCUGGCUGAGGAGAUGGGUUUCGAGUAUUUGGAGAUCCGGCAGUUUGAGGCGCGCCCAGACCCAACCGGCAGCCUGCUGGACGCCUGGCAGGGCCGCCCUGGCGCUUCCGUAGGGCGGUUGUUGGAGCUGCUCUCCACGCUGGGCCGUGAAGACGUGCUGGUGGAGCUUCGGCCCAGCAUCGAGGAGGAUUGCAAGAAGUACAUUUUGAAGCAGCAAGAGCAGGAAUCUGAGAAGCCCUUACAGGUGGCCAGAGUAGACAGCAGUGUACCACGGACAGAGGAGCUGUCAGGCAUCACCACACUUGAUGACCCCAUGGGGAAAGUACCUGAGCGUUUUGAUGCCUUCAUCUGUUACUGCCCCAGCGAUAUCCAGUUUGUGCAGGAGAUGAUCCGGCAACUAGAACAGACAGAAUAUCGGCUGAAGUUGUGUGUGUCUGAUCGUGAUGUUCUGCCAGGCACCUGUGUCUGGUCCAUCGCUAGUGAACUCAUCGAAAAGAGGUGUCGCCGGAUGGUGGUGGUUGUGUCAGAUGAUUACUUGCAGAGCAAGGAAUGUGACUUCCAGACCAAGUUUGCACUCAGCCUCUCCCCAGGUGCCCAUCAGAAGCGCCUUAUCCCCAUCAAGUACAAGGCAAUGAAGAAGGAGUUCCCCAGCAUCCUGCGGUUCAUCACUGUCUGUGACUACACCAACCCCUGCACCCAGUCCUGGUUCUGGACACGCCUUGCCAGGGCCUUGUCCCUGCCCUGAAGAUGACUCUAAGAUCCCUGGGGUGCCUCCAUCUGUCUCCCUGUCCAUGUGCUUCUGCUGGUGCCUCUUCCUGGGAUUGUGGGAGGAAUCUGUGCUCCACUUGACUCUCUGUUCCUAGAGGUGCCAACUCCACAGAUACAUCUGCACUAAUCAGACAUCAUGUGGACACCACCUCUCUGUCCUGAUGGAACCACCACUAGGAUUGGUACCUUCACUUGCUGAGUUAUCCGCCAGGACAGUGUAAACCAAGGUCAGCUGGAUGAGAAGUGAAAAGCAGCACCAGCUGCUCAGGAGUAAGUAAGAAGAGUAGCAGCCAAGUCACCUCUGAGCCAUUCACACAUCUUCCACCUCACUUUCUCUACCUGAGCAGUACAAUGUGGAGUUUUGGUGGGAGCUGUGUUCAAACCACUGCAGGAAAAGGUUGAGUAUUGCUCUGGCUCUCUUGGAGGAGAUGAUCUUGGCUGAGAAAGAGCUGACUGCUGCUAGACCACAUGCUGGCCACCAGUGGGACCAUGCGCCUGCUGGGGCAGCUGCUUCCACUGUGAUGUCUAUUCACCACCUCACAACCCCCUUCCUCCUCUCUGUAGGGCAGUUGAGGAAGCUGGCUACUCCUUCUAACAGAUCCCGCCUUGAGCCUGCUUCUAAUGGGUCUUCUCUCAGCUACAUCUUUGACUCCCCCAAGCUUCUGCUCCAAAAGACCAUCCUGAACAGCUGGUGCUGCUUUUCACUUCUACUCAUCCAGACACCUGUCAGGUCUCCUCAGUUCUUCUUGACCUGGGUUGGCAUCCUGGCCUCUGACAUAUCAUCAGAUAGGCCUCUGGGGUUGAGUCACCAGGGUCAUGUCAACAGAGAACCUUCCUUCCUGGGUCACCCACAGAGAGUUUUCCCACUAUCUUUCUAUAUUUCUAUUGCUUUGUUUGCCAACAAACAGAAGCCACAUAAGAACAUCCUUCCCCAAAAUUUGUGGGCACACAGCCACUCCUAAUCUUCCCCACAUGAGCACAUACAAGUUGACUCAUACACUCUCACCCACAGAGGUACCUACAUGUACAUGUUUCUUUGGUGCAGCUCCCAGGGACAGCUGCAUGGGAAAGUUCCACCUUCAAGGGGGUCUGACCAUCUCCCCGGACAAGAAUGGGUGCUCUUGAUUCCUUUUUUCUCUUUAAAACCAAAGUCUGGAAAGGGUCCAAGGUGCCAGCGUUUCAAUGAAGGGCAGACAGAGUAGGAGAGCUCCUUGGACUGGCAUAGCAGGCACGGACAUUUUCUUCCUCCCAAGGUGGUUUGUACCUUCCCCUCAAAUUCUCUAUGAGGGAGAAAAUGUCAUGGUCCCAGUUCUCUGUGCUCAAGGACAGACCCCAAGGCCCUAAAAUAAUAGAAAAUCACUUCUCUGCUCCACCUUGGCCAGGCUGGGGCAAGGUGCCUUCCCACAGGAUUCCAAGAAUCCUGUCCUCCCAUUGAUAUUGGGAAUUUUACAGCAAUUUCAAGAAAGCAUUAUCCACCCCUUUUUCAUAUAAUUUGUGAGAAUUUCAAAGAGAUCUGGGAAAUGCCUGUGUUUGUCAUUUAUCUUUCUCUAUUUUGGGUUUAUAAUAAAAAUAUUCUAUUUUGGGAA